UGAGGAAGAUUGCCACUGUCCCAAUAGUGAAGAGCAAGAGAGCUGCCCAGAAGCACACCUUAUCAAUCAUCUUCCCAAUCAGCACCCAGCUUUCCACCUCCUGAAGGAAGGAUGACCAAAGAUAGAGGACAUGGGGGUUACUCGAUAGGGGAAUAACUCAGAUGGCAAGAGCCCAGGUCCAAAACCCUACCUUAGAGUCCAAAAAUACUUUGGUCAGAAUUCCAAAGUGUUUUUGGAAUACACAACAUCAUGAGAUAGGUACAGUUAUCUUUGAUAGGCUCACAUAUCAGAAACAAAUUAAUUAUUUACUGCCAUUGACAUCAAGACCCUCAACAUGUUUACAUGGCAAGAGGACUGUUUGACCUUUUGUCAGAGUUAACUCACUCCGUGUCAGAUUAGCUCUCCUUCCAUCACUAGCAAAACAUCCCCUGGCUUUCCAAAUCAAUACUUGUUUAUGGCGCUUAAUAAAUUAUUUCCCAUAAAAGCUCCUCGGGCUAACGCAUUGAGACCCCAUAUCCGCAGAUGAACAUAAUGGUCCUAGUGUGUGUAAUGCACUUAGAGUGAGGUUACCACAGUGCAGAAUGACUGUGAAUGCCUAAUCACUCCACCAGUGGCUAUGCUAGAGUUAACCUCUGGACUCACUGAUUGAACAACAAAGCCAUAGACAUACAGAGAAUGGGCAUAUCAGCAGAGCGAAAGCAGCCCAGAGACAAGGAGCAGGGAGUCGCACACAAGAGAAAGACGGGCGAACAGGGCAGGGGACAGCUGUACUGUAGGCUACUGCAAGAGGGGAACAGGAAGUUAGUAUAGAGACCUGGAGUUUCCGUGAAAUGGCUUCUUAGUAAUACUAAGAGAAGUGGCACAACCGCGGCUGCCAUCUAGAAGUGGUGCUCAUAAAGAAAGCAGAAGCAGGAAGACCAUGAGCAGCUAGAAAGAAAGAGAGGGAGAGAGAGGGGAAGCUUUUAGGGUAGGAGAGUGAAAGAGAGAGAAUGGCAUACAAACAACGAGAGACCAUGAGACGAUAGAGCCGGGAAGGAGAGACUGAAGGCUUGUUUUGGUGGAAGAGAGGAGCCCCCCUGGAUGAGGAAGAGGCAGAUGAAGUUGAUCAGCAUGGGAGUGAAGGGCAGGGCAGCGGUGGCCGUCGUGUUCAUCCUCCUCCUCCUCGGCUCCCUCUGGCUGCAUGGAAACUUGGAGAGCCCCUGGGAGUCCUGCAUGAAGUCCUACAAUCAAAACGAUAAGGUGGUGUUCCACAGGAAUGGGAGCAUAGAGUCUGAUACACUGGAGCUGUGCCCCGGCCAGACGUUCCAAAUCUCCCUGCUGUAUGCUCACCUGCGGGCAGCACCCGUGGGCACGGAUGACGUGCUCCUGGAGCCCUAUCUCUCCAGCUGGGAGGAACUCAUCAAGUUCUUGGUAGCUAUGGGCCCUUUGGUUGGAGCAAUUUCCAAUGAAAUUGAGACAAAAACCUCCAUCAUCCGUGAGUUGGCAAAGCAGGAAGCAGAGAGAAUGAGAACUAAUGGGCAAAGUGGUCUGAGGGCAGAGGGGGUAAACCCAGACGCACAGGCCCACAUGGUGGUGUCCUCCAUGGACCCUGACACUCUCGGGGCAUACGACUCUGUCCAGUCCAUGAUCUCGGCGGAGCUGAGCCGCGGCUUGGUGGACUUCCAGGAGCAGACGGACUCGGGCUGCCGCACGCUGCUGCGGCUCCACCGCGCCCUCCUGUGGCUGCAGCUGUUCCUGCGGAAGCUGGGCCAGGGCCCCGAGCCGGCGUCGGGCCGCCUGCGCAGCCCGUCCGACCUCUGCCGCGAGGCCUACCAGCAAACCCUGGCCCGGCACCACGGCUGGUGGGUGCGCCAGAUGGCCGACAUAGCGUUCAUCGCCCUGCCGGAAAGGAAAUUUUUUUACCGGCUUAUAUGCGUCCAGAACCAGGAGGAGGCUACUGUGAUCCUCAAAAAAGUGGUUUACGCCAUCGACGUGAUGUACAACCGCACCCAGAGGGCACUGGAGGAACACAGCAUGCUGGACUUGCCAUGAGUGGCGAGGAAGGUCAAAAGUCAAAAGGACUGUGUUUGCCGAAUCAGGAGUUUUAUUCUGUCAUAGCGUGGGGGUAACCAGGGUCAUUCAGUCUCCCUCACCUGUUCCCUCCCAUGCCAUGACAUGGCAAAUUACUAUUUUAUGAAUAAUUCAAUUAAGAACCAAUUUUUGAGAAUCUCUGAGAGCAUUGUGGACUCACUCAUUGGUACUCAAAGUUGAAAGAAAAAAGCCUUACUGACUGGGGAUAGGGUUGGGGUUAUGGUUGGGUAACCCUAGGCCAUAGAUCUGGGCUCCAUCUUUAUACUUAAAAAUUAAAAAAUAAAAACAGACAAUAGAAACUAUUGAGACAGAUCAUUCCUAAUGCACUGUUAAGUAAUUGUUGUCUAGUGUAAAUGUUUCAUGUUUUCAUCUAGUCGACAAGGCUUAUUUUAGAUGUUGCGAACAUUAUCAUAAUCUUGUAAUUAGAGUAGAGCUGCUUCCUUCUGGCUACCAUUCUGUAAAAACAUGAAUCCAAUUAAAGCGUUUCACUGCCCACCACUAAAA